AUGAACGACAGCAUAGAUGAGGUAUCCACUCAAGGUUAUUCCUUAAUGGCUUACCGACCUAAAGGCAAACGCAUUCGAGUUGUACAGCAAUUUGUAAACACCAUUCUGGAGGAUGACACAUUUUGUGAACCACCGGAUCAGCCUUCUGAACAAGAUGAUGACGACGUACGCCCAUACGAUUUUAUCGGUGCCGUAGGCAUCAGAACAGAUCGUCGAGGGAAGAAGACAGUAUUGUAUCACGUAAAAUGGAAAGGCUACGGUAUUAAGAGCAUGACUUGGGAGCCCGAGAGCCAUAUUUUCGAAGGGGAUUUGUGUUGAGGAUAUGAGAUUAUGCUCAGGCUCGAGAUGAUUUCCAUUAAUUCGUUAUACACAUCUUCACAAACAUGGCUCCCAUGCUGCACAUAUAUAUACACGCUCUCAGAGGGAGAUUCCGCAGGCUGGAACGUAUUUACAAUGAUGACCAAGAAAUGACUAAUCCUCCUCCUUGUCAUCUCCC